CCGCCCCAACGGCGCCGGGCCCAGGCGGGAGGUGCGGCAGCGGCGGUAGCGACGAUAACGCAGCUCUGGGCAAGGCCGGGUGACGGCGCCUAAUAGCGAGAGUAAUUUUUCACAUAAAAGAAAUGAUUGAGUCAGUCAAAUUAAGAAGACAGUGCAUGCUGGAUUUCUACUCAUAUUAUGAACAUCUUUGUGAACUUCAAGGCUCUCUCCCACUGAAAGCUGUGAAGGCUAAUGUGACUCGUGAUGCCAUUGAUCUAAUUGUAGAUCACAUCAAAGCUACUGAUUGGGCACCACUUCUGAAUGCUCUCAGGCAUAAUAAGACUCUGACUUCUAUUGGCAUAAGAAGUUUACAUCAACAUAGUCUUGAAGAUUCAGGUGUUGAAAGAUACAAAACUUACUUUAGAAGGAAAAUUCCAGCAACUCUAUCAAAAGACUUGACUUGCCAACUAUGCAAAGCUGUGAAAGGCUGUCUCAGUAUAUCAGAUGUACUGAAAAAUUUAGAACUGCAGGGAUUGCUUCUGAGGGAAAGAGACCUAGCACUUUUAACAAAGGGCUUGGCCACAGCUUCAUCUCUGGAGAGUGUCUCUUUAGCCCACUGUCCAAUUGGAGAUGGAGGGUUGGAAACAAUCUGUCAGAGUAUCAAGAAUACAGCUACUAUCAGAUUUGUAAACUUCACAGCAUGUAGCCUCACAUGGCGAGGAGCAGAACAUAUAGCAAAUGUAGUAAAGCACCAGGCAAUAAGAAGGCAUGGUGAAGCUUGGGCUAAAAGCCUACGUUACAGGAGACCUGACCUUGAGUAUAUGACAGGUUUGAGGCGGAUUACUUUGAACUGCAACAUGCUUAUUGGAGAUAGAGGAGCAAGUGUCUUUGCAGACUGUCUUGGAGAGGACCUUUGGCUAAAAGCGCUUGAUUUGCAGCAGUGUGGAAUAUCCAAUGAGGGAGCAAGGUCAUUAUUAGAUGCUCUUCAAACUAAUACAACAUUAGUGGUACUUGACAUAAGAAAAAAUCCAUUAAUUGAUCGUGUUCUGAUGAAAAACAUUAUUGAAAGAGUUCUUAAGAAUGGUAACAGUGCUGAUUCAGAGUUCCAGUUUAAGUGGCUGAUGUCUCCGUCUUCCAAAGAUGCUAUGAAAACUAAGCCGAAGAAAAGAACCAUUGUCCUAGGAAGUGGUCGGAAGGGCAAAGCUACUAUUCGUAUUGUUAUCUGGAAGCAGAGAGGAUUAUCAUCUAAAAAAUCUCUAAGUCCUGGGAAAAAAAAUUUCACUGUGAGAGAGAGUUACUCACCAAAACCACUGCCACCAGGCACAAAAGGCUUCCUUCCUUGGCGGACUGCAGAACGUGCAAAGAGAUGCAGAGGUGGGGCAGUGGAUUGUGCUGGAGAAUUGCCAGUGAAGAUUCAGACAGGUGUUCCUGUGAAAGUGACACUAGAAAGUGCUUCUACAUCUGAAACUGAAGACACAGAAGAUCUAGAGGAUGUUAUCCAGCAGCCUGAUUUGGCAAAAUCAUUAGAUAAGAAUGAUGUAGCUCAAUAUCAACAGGUAGAGUUGGACCUGGAAGAAUGCAUGGAAAAACUAAAGGAAGAACAGAAAGCUAGAGUAAAGGCUGAGGAACGAUUAUUAGAGCUGGAAAUUGAAAAUGCAAGAUUAAGGAGUCUAAAUAUCUCCCUGUCAGAGGUUCUUCAUGCACAGUCAGUAACCAACAUGAUUUUGGAAGAUGAAGGUGUUCUUGGCAGCAUUGAGAACUCUUUUCAAAAGUUUCAUGCUUUUUUAGACCUUCUUAAAGAUGCUGGGCUUGGACAACUUGCUGUAUUAGCUGGGAUAGACCAAUCAGAUUUUGGCAUUUUGGGACAUCCACAAAUAAAUUCUACUCUCAGUAAACCUGUGAAAGUGGUAAAGGAGAAGUCUUUUGAAGAAGAAAGACAGGAACACACCCAGAAUAGCAAAGUAAGUCUUUAGAAGGAAUGCUAGAGGCAAUUCUACUUGAUACUUUGUAAUGUACUUUUCAGCUGUUAAGUCCCCUCUGAUACAUGAAGUUACUACUGCAACCCAUUGCUGUAGCUGCAUUUAUACAAAUGCAU